AUGGACUUCAAACAGCCUCCUGCACGGUUUUACAUCUUUACGUAUCCCAGAACCGGAUCCAAUCUGCUCACCCAACUCCUCGCGCUGGAGGACCAGCCCAAUGUUGCCUCCCACAGUGAAGGGAUGCGUUUCUUCCUUCCACUACAAUUGUUGAAACUCCACAGCGGACAUAUGGGGACGCAUGUGCAGGCCCUUCCAUGUGACCAGAAGGAAGCACAAGUGAAGUGUGCAAAAGAUUGUUACAGCCGCCUACUUCGGCAUCUUCAGACGGCCGAACGAGAGGGGAAGAUAGUCUGCUUCAAGGACCACGCACACUAUGUGACAGAGCCAAUUGCCGAGACACGUUUGCUACAUGGCGAGAAGAGUGUGACCGAUGAACUUCCCUGGACGUUACGUGGGCCUGAGGAGGUCGAACAGACGAUCAUCGGUCGCUCAGACCUCAAUGACACCUUGUUUUCAGACGAUUUUCUAAAGACAUGGAAACCGAUCUUUCUUAUCAAACAUCCUGCUGCUGCAUUUCCUUCAUUCUAUCGCGCAUUGGUCAGGGCCGCCGGUUCCGAGUUUGUUGAGUCCGACCAAGGCCGGAAGUUAUAUGAAAAAGCUAUGGCCCUCCGGUGGGUAUACAAAUUGUACCACUUCUAUGUGCAGCACUUUUCCAAUUCUCGGCCCUGUUCUGAUGGCCACAUGCUGUGGCCUAUAGUGAUUGAGGCAGAUGAUAUUAUCACUCAGCCUGAAAUAUUGACCAAACUCUGCCAGAUCAUCGGCCUAGACAGUUCUCGGCUUCGUUUCACCUGGGAAAAACACGGUCCGGAAGAACUUCCCGAGCUUCAAGCAUUCCGAGAAACCCUCUAUGAAUCUACAAUGGUGGACCGCUCGAAGGUCAUAGGCGAUGUUGACUUGGACAAGGAAUCAGCGAAAUGGCAGCAAGAGUUUGGAGAGGUGAUCGGCCGCAGAAUAGAGACAUAUGUACGAGAGGCCAUGUCCCACUACCUAUUCCUGAAGUCGAAAAGACUUCGGCUUUAG